AAAAUCAAAUUAGGCUGGAGGUUUUCAGGCUCUCUGAAUAUGUUGGAAUUCUGGGGAAGAGGAAAAACCAAAUUCGACUUCCUUAUUCACUCUGAAUAGUUUAAUAUCUCUCGGAACUCUCCGAGCAAAGAGACUGCACCGCUGAUAAAAGCACGUCUUAUCGCCCUGGUAGCCAAAAUUAGGCCAGAUCGGGCUAGAGGAACUUGGCGGUUCUUCCAGCAGAGCAAAAGAGCCGCAGGGGCGAAAUCCGUCCCACCAGGACAAAGCCAGAAUCAGCGCCUGCGUUUUGAAUCUCGCGCGGUGAAGGCCGGUCUGACGCCCCCGGUCCAGCUCGUAGCGCGCAAAGGUCGGGCAGGACCAAAGCGAUCAUGUGAGAAGCUUUUGGAAAAAACAACAACAUCGUAGUUCCUGAGUUGGGCUGGGUCUUAAACUGUACCGCAAGGCUCGCUUUUAAACUCGGCUCGCCACUUCCCCUUCUUCAGAGACGCUGACGGGAAGCUUAAACCUUACGACUGUUGUCCUGAAGAUUGCCGUGCCGUCGUCAAGAUGUUGCUGACGGAAAGAAUUAUUCUGAUAUUGUCGCUGUGGACUCUGAAUUCAGAAUGCCUGUGGGCUUCAUGUGCUGAGCUUCAUUUGGAAAAAUUCAGGAAAAGGAACAAAAGAAAAAUGGAGUGGUGGAAAGGAAGUUGAACAGCUUUUUCAAUAAAGGAACCUAAAGAAACAAAACAGGCAUGGGGGUAUGUUCCUGUCAGAAGCAAUGCAAGCAUGUUUUGGUGGUUGUACUAUGCAGACAGUCCCACUCAAAAUUUCACACAACUUCCUCUUAUCUUAUGGCUGCAGGGAGGCCCAGGAGCUUCAAGUUGCGGGUAUGGAAAUUUUGAAGAGAUUGGCCCCCUAGAUGCUGAUUUAAAACCAAGAAAUACAACUUGGCUGCAGGCAGCAAGUCUUCUCUUUGUUGACAAUCCUGUUGGCACCGGAUACAGUUAUGUUAAUGACACCCUUGCCUAUGCCACUGAUCUCAGCAUGGUCGCUUCGGAUAUGAUGGUGGUUCUCCGAGAGUUCUUUAAAUCAAAGGUGGAAUUCCAGACAAUCCCCUUCUACAUCUUUUCCGAAUCUUAUGGAGGAAAAAUGGCAGCUGCAAUUGCUCUGGAAGUUCAUAAGGCUAUUCAAGCUGGAACAAUCAAGUGCAAUUUUCAUGGAGUAGCCCUUGGUGAUUCAUGGAUUUCUCCUCUAGAUUCUGUGCUUGCUUGGGGGCCUUACCUAUACAGCACUUCUUUCCUGGAUGAUCGAGGCUUGAAGGAAGUCACUAUUGCUGCCAAGAAGAUCUUGAAUGCAAUGAAUAUAGGGGCAUUUAAGCUUGCUACCCUGCUUUGGGAUAAAGCAGAGGAUAUCAUAGAAAAGAACACAAAUGGCGUGAAUUUCUAUAACAUUCUAACACAUGACUCUUCAAGCGACGCAGCUCUUUCGUCCACUGCAACUGAAACCACCCCAUUUUUAAAAUUGUUCCAGCGUCAUGUACAAAAUCAAAUUAAAGACAAGCUGAAUGACCUGAUGAAUGGGCCCAUCAGAAAGAAGCUGAAAAUAAUUCCAGACCAUGUCAAAUGGGGAGGGCAAUCAGCAGGUGUAUUUAUGAAUAUGGCUGAAGACUUUAUGAAAAACGCAAUUGAUAUUGUAGACAGCUUGCUGGAAGCCAAUGUGAAUGUCACGGUAUACAAUGGGCAGCUGGAUCUCAUUGUUCCUACAAUGGGGCAAGAAGCUUGGGUCCGGAAGCUAAAAUGGCCCAAACUGAAAGAAUUUAAUGCACUGAAGUGGCAGCCUUUGUACACCUGCCCAGAAUGCAGAGACACGGCUGCUUUUUAUAAAUCCUAUUGUAAUCUGAGCUUCUUCUGGAUCCUGAAGGCUGGCCACAUGGUCCCGGCUGACCAAGGUGACAUGGCACUGAAGAUGCUUAGGAUGGUCACCCAACAAAAGCAGUGACUAAAUUAGAGCCAGCUGGCUUGGCUCCUCUUCAAAACAAAAGCAGGUUGUUUGGGAUCUUUUUUUUUUUUGCACCCUGAAGGCAGAAAGAACAAUGACAUCAUUGUGUUUUAAUUUUCUCAGACAUUAUGCAAGGCAUUUUAAGGAGACACGGAUGGAAAUAAUUCACUAACUCCUGCUGAAAAAGGAAAAUGUUAAUAAAUCAUGGAUGGGCUUCUUGUAGGCCGUGUGCAUGUGUUGCAGCCUCAGAACAUCCUCCUUUUGUCCUGCAACAUCUGGUAAAAUUGGUGAGAUAUCCUUUUGGGGUAGGUUUUGCCAAAACGAAGUAGAGAUGGCUCAAUCAGCCUUCUGGAGGCAAAAGGCAUCCAUUUCCAUAGCCAGAAAAUGGUCCCAUCCAGGUCUCAGCCCCAUCCUCUUGGAGAGAUUAUUGUCCUAGCUUCCAAAUAGUCAAGGGUAGCUCCCAGGACAAAAGAGGUUGUCCAUUCUUGAAACAGUGUUUUCUCAAGUGCAAUAUUUCCUUUUGACUGAUUUUAAUUCUUUUUUUAUAUAUCCUUUACAUGCAAAUACCACUUGGAGCCUCUUUGUAGAUAGUUUCUUGUCCAGACCCAUGUAAAGGUAAUUUUCCUGGUUUUUGGCCUCCCAGAGACAAGCAUGUGGUCAAGAGUGGGUGAAAUUGUCCUGGGAGCCAGAAGCCAUCCAGCUCAAGCAUUUUCUACCUGCCUAGGCAAUAUACCUCCUGGAGGUUGCCCCAGAGCUCAAGCCCAAAGCCAUCACAUCCUUUUUCCCACCAGCCUUUCCAGUUUGAUUGAAAACAAUGGGUUGGAUUCAGGUCUCAUUCAUUUAAGUGAGAUGUGCUUCCUAGGAAGUAUAUUCAGGAUUGACGGGCAUAAGCCCAACUGCAUACAGAGCUAAGGCCUCAUUUCUAAAGUAGAAGCAGUUGUUUCCCUUGUCUUCCAACGUGGAGGAAAUAUAGGAACAAAAGCAGCAACCUGAAGCAAAGGUUCAAAGUCUCCUAAUCUUGAUCUUUAGGCUAAUGGGUUUGUCUAAGCCAUUAGACCUGUGGACUUCAACUCCCAGAAUUCAUGGCUGGCUCAGGAAUUCUGGGAAUUGACGUCCAUGGGUUGUAAAAAGGGGGCAGAGUUGCCCAACCCAGUCUAAGCAAAGGUUGUUUGCCCCAACCCAUCUGGUGGGGAUGGGAUGGUAGCUGCUAGGAUUCUGAAACUGCUAGGUCAACAUAGCUGGAUGGUAAAUUGAGAAAUAUGGGUCUAACCUGAGCCUCUCUGAUCUUUUUUGACAACAAUACCUUCUAUGAUUUUAGGGGGACAUAAUUACCUAAUCUUUUAAGUGACUUACCAGUUUGGGAUAGCUAGUCUGCUAUUCACAAAUCCAACACAGUUGUUUUGUCUUAUACUCCUUUCUUUUGAUACAUGGUUUAAGUUCUCUGUUCAGGUGUGUAAUCAACUCAGAGGGCUUUGUGGAGCAUUUGUUUCCUUUUCAUUGUUUACGCACUUAAGUAAAACACUGAGUAAGGAAGUGCCAAAGCCUAUGUGUGGAUAAUAAUUAUACAAUUCGAUGAGGUAGAUAGAUGAAGGGUCUUGUCUGCCUCUAAUGCUGAGAAAAAGCAAAUACAAACUUAGUUCAGAAUUAUCUUCCUUUGGCUGUCCCACUUGCUCAUUCUGCGUGGGAAGUCACUAGGGAGGCUUCUCACAUUAGUACUGAAGUACAUCUCUUGAACCGUGAAGUUUGCAGGGAAAGCACUGUGUCUUCCUCAAAGAUGCCAACUGUUGGAAAUGAAACUGAUGCUCUGUAUACACAGUUUAAUGCCUGUCUCGGAGAGAAACAAAUUCCUUCCAUGGUGGUGAAAUUGCCUUUGUCUUAUGUGUUUUAUGUAUAUGUAUAUGAAAUCUGAAAGCUAAAGAUGUGGCCUUAAUAAAUAUUGAUUUCCAUCAUACCUCA